AUGUUUGAAUCCAAGGAUGCAAAGUAUUUAAGCAAGAGUAGCUCUCAUCCUUUGGUGCACUCUUCUACCUACCUUUCCUAUCAGAAACAGCUAAACCAAUCCCUCAGGGGUAAGAACCAAAUCCUUCAAGAAAAGAACAGGGAGGUCCGAGAAGAAAACAAGACCUUCCGCAAGGAAAACAAGGCUAUUCGUAAAGAGAAUCGAACCCUCCGGUACAAAAACAAUAUUCACUGGAAGGAGAAGAGUGCCCUCAGGGAGAAUAAAUUAGAUUCCUUGAAGGAUAGAAAAUUGCUUGAGGAGAAGAAAAAGGCCCUUCAAAAGCAGAACAAGGCCCUACAAGAAGAGAUCAAGUCUCUCCAGGAGCAUGACGUGGCUUUUAAAAUGGAAGAGAAGGCUCUUCAAAAGGAGCUCAUGGCUUUCUGGGAGGGGCACAGGGCCUUUCAAGAAGAGAUUAAGGGUCUCAGAGAGAACAGUGUGCCUCUCCUAGAAGAGGAAAAGUGUCUUCAGAAAGAGAGGAGAGCCCUCGAAGAAGAAGAAGCUGCCCUCCAGGAAGAGAACAAGGCUCUCGGAAAAGAGAGGAAAGCUCUUAAAGAGGAGGAUAAAGCCCUAAAGGAAGAGAAUGAAGUUCUCCAGGAGUGGAAGACACUCCUCCAAGAGAAUAUCAGUUUACCGAUGGAAAGGCAGGGAGCCCUAAUCUGA